GGCGGCGGCGCCCACCCCUCCCCACAGUGUCUGGCGAACUCCCACCGCGUGGUGGGCGCUUGGCGCCGAGAGGAGCGCCGCCCCGAGCCGCCCCGUCACGUCACGUCACGCUCACGCGGCGCCGCGACCCGCGCACAACGAUAUUUGGAUUUGAACUGCAUUUUAGAAUUCAUCUUUACUUACAAUGCCACCAUCAAACGGAGAUCCAGUUGGAUACACGCCCCCAGAUGGAGGCUGGGGGUGGGCAGUGGUUGUUGGAGCUUUCAUUUCCAUUGGCUUCUCUUGUGCGUUUGGCAAAUCUAUUACUGUAUUUUACAAAGAAAUUGAAGAAAUAUUUAAAGCCAGCACCAGCGAAGUGUCAUGGUUAUCUUCCAUCGCGUUUGCUGUCAUGUAUGGUGGAGGUCCUAUCAGCAGUAUCCUGGUGAAUAAAUAUGGCAGUCGUCCAGUUAUGAUUGUUGGCGGCUGCUUGUCAGGCUGUGGCUUGAUUGCGGCUUCUUUCUGUACCAAUGUGCAGGAACUUUACUUGUGUGUCGGAGUCAUUGCAGGUCUUGGGCUUGCCUUCAACUUGAAUCCAGCUCUGACCAUGAUUGGCAAGUAUUUCUACAAGAGGCGACCAUUAGCAAAUGGACUGGCCAUGGCAGGCAGCCCUGUGUUCCUCUCCGCCCUGGCCCCCCUCAACCAGGCUCUUUUUGCUGCCUUUGGCUGGAGAGGAAGCUUCCUAAUUCUUGGAGGCAUCCUACUAAACUGCUGUGUGGCUGGAGCCCUGAUGAGACCAAUAGGGCCCAAGCCAACCACUGCAGGGAAAGAGAAGUCUAAAGAAUUCCUUCAGGAAGCUGGAAAACAUGAUGCAAACAAGGGGGCAGGUGAUGCAAAUACAGAAGUUAAUGGCAGAAACCCCCCAAAGGAGAAACAAUCCGUUUUUCAAACAGUUAACAAACUUCUGGACUUAUCCCUAUUCAAACACAGAGGCUUUCUGCUGUACCUCUCUGGGAAUGUGAUAAUGUCUUUUGCGCUGGCUACACCUUUAGUCUUUCUUAGUAAUUAUGCCAAGAGUCAACAUCACUCUAGUGAGAAGGCUGCCUUCCUUCUUUCCAUUCUGGCUUUUGUUGACAUGGUAGCCAGACCUUCUAUGGGAUUUGUAGCCAACACAAAGUGGAUAAGACCUCGAAUUCAGUAUUUUUUUGCUGCUUCUAUUAUUGCAAAUGGAGUGUGUCAUACGCUAGUACCCUUAUCCUCUAGCUAUGUAGGGUUCUGUCUUUAUGCGGGAUUCCUUGGAUUUGCUUUUGGGUGGUUUGGCGCCGUAUUGUUUGAAACGCUGAUGGACCUCGUUGGAUCCCAGAGGUUCUCCAGUGCUGUGGGAUUGGUGACCAUUGUGGAAUGCUGUCCUAUUCUCCUGGGGCCACCGAUUUUAGGUCGUCUCAGUGACAUAUACGGAGACUACAAAUAUACAUACUGGGCAUGUGGCAUAAUCCUUAUUGUCUCAGGCAUCUAUCUCUGCAUUGGCAUGGGCAUCCAUUAUCAACUUGAGGCAAAAGAACAGAAGGCAGAGGCGAAGCAGAAAAAGGAAAGUAAAGAGAUGGAACCAAAAGAAGUUAUUAAAGCUGCGGAAUCUCCAGAACUGAAAGGCACAGAAGGAGGACCCAAAGAGGAGAAACUUUCAGGCUGAAGUCAGGGAUAAACAGAAGCUUUGGACCAAAGAUACUGAAAACUUCUACUGAAUCGUGUUCUACUCUUGGUGCUCACAGUGGACAGUGGACAUUUGUGUGGAAGUCAUACCAGGUGUUCAUUGAUAGAAUUUUUAUUUCCUUCCUUUACAACAGUCAUAAUAGAUAUGUCACAUCCUUUAGGGGCAGGGGAUUUGCAAAAGGUGACAGAAGGAAAUAGCUUUUACUUGAAGUCAUAUUUAUUAAGGUGUACCUUAAAUACUGUACAAAUCCCUUUUAUAAGAGUAAAGUUUAAUGAAUUUUGACACAGGUAUUUUGUCAAAUAACUACCACACUAAUAUAGAAUAUUUCAAACAGCCAAAAUAAUUCCCUUUUGCUCCUUUGCAGUUAAUCCCCUCCCCUUAACUAUAGCCCCUGGCAGCCACUGAUCUGAUUUCUGUCCCGUAUAGUUUUGUCUUUUCCAGAAUGGAAUAAAUGGAAUCACAUAGUAUGUAACUAUGGCACAAUAGUAUAUAUAUGGUCUUUAUCCUCAGUUCCUGGUAUACAGCUCCUAGAAGCCUUGGCAUCUCUGGAGUGAUAAGAGUAUCUUUUGCAUGCUAAUUAGGUGACUGGUGGCUGGAGACCCCUUUCUUAACUUCAGGAUAGGGGCUAGUCUCCAAAAAGGCCAAAGCAUGAUUAGAGGGUUGGAACUUUCAGCCCCAUCCCCUGACCUCUGAGAAGGGGAGAGGGGCUGGAAGUUGGGUUCAAUUAUUAAUGUCCAAUGAUAUAAUCCAUCAUGCCUAUGUAAUAAAACCCCCUAAACUACAGAGAGCUUCCUGGCUGGUGAAUACUUUGAGGUACUGGGAGAGUAGUGUGCCCAGAGAGGGCAUGGAAUCUCCCUACCACUCCUCCCCACCAUAUUUUACCCUAUGCAUCUCUUCCAUCUGGCUGUUCUGAAUUGUAUCCUUUAUAAUAAAUCAGUGAACGUAAGCAAAGUGUUCCCUGAGUUCUGUGAUCCAUUCUAGCAAAUUAUCAAACUUGAUGAAGGAGUCAUGGGAACUCCCAAUUUAUAGCUGGUUGGUCACAAGUACAGGUGGCAACCUGGGACUUGAGACUGGAAUCUGAAGUGAGGGCAGUCUUGUGAGACUGAGCCUUUAAAUCUGUGGAAUCUGACACUAACUCUGGGUACUUUAUGUCAGAAUUGAAUUGAAUUGUAGGACACCCAGUUGGUGUCUGGAGAGUUGGCGAAAUGGUUG